AUGCGUGAUGAAGUUUCUAAUAUUAUAGGAGUGCUUUUGCCUUUUGAUCAUGGGUGGUACCUUGGUCUUCCUUCUCUUUUUGCUAUUGAAGGUUUAGAGGACUUCAAGGUUUCUAGUUUAAUUAAUGAGGAUGGGCUAAGUUGGAAUAUAGGCCUUUUAUCUGAGUUACUUCUUCCCAUUGAUGUAGAAGCUAUUUCUAAUAUUCCUCUUAGUAACUCUUGGAAGGAAGAUGUACGAAUUUGGCAUUAUACUAAAUCUAGCAAACUUAGUGUUAAAUUGGGGUAUCAUUUGCUUGCUACUUCUUCUGAUUGGCUAACUCUAUUAUUCCAAGUAAUUCAAGGAAAUUAUGAAAGCUUCAUCUUCCCCCAAAAGUUACAAGGAAAGGGUAUUGCCGCGGAUGCUCAUUGUGAUGUGUGUGGUGACGUUGAGGAUGACUGGCAUGUUGUUUUUUUGUGUCCAAAAGCCAGGGACAACUGGAGAGUGUUAGAUAUGUCCCCGGAUGCUCAUCUUUCUCCUAUUUUUAGGGAGUUUCUAGACAAGCUUUUUAACUUUGUUGACAUGGAACUGCGUCAUGAUUGGAGUAAUGUCAACAGAGUUACAAAUGGUCCUAGCUCUUUUUCCUCUCAAGCUAAUAUCGUUGGCUUGUCUAAACCUCUACUGGGGCAGGUGAAGUGUAAUGUAGAUGCAGGUUUGUUUAAUGCUGAACACCUGGCCAGUUAUGGUGCUCUCCUUCGGGAUUUUUAUGGGAUGUUUCUCUCAGGUAUCUUAGUAUUUCAUAGCUUUUGCUUCGCCCCCAAGAUUGCUAAGGUAAUUACCCUUCGAGAGACCCUGCUUCGGCUUUUGAGAAAUUCUAAUUUUGAUGUGGAUAUUGAGAUGGACUGUAGGGAAGUUGUCAAUGUUGUCUUGUCUUAUGAGGAGGAUUUAUCUGAUUUAUAA